GUGCUGCUGGGGGGGUAACAGUCUACAGCCAUGGUCGCCGGGCCCGGCGCACUCGCAGCGCGGGCAGCACUCCCCAGAGCCCCCCCCGAGAAGGCCCGGGGCAGCGGGGGGGGGGGAGGGAGCCGCGGCGCGGGGGUCCCGUCGGGUUUAGCCCCACCUCCCGCGGCAGUAGGAGCUCACAUGCAGGCUGCAUUCGCCGCACAUCAACUCUUACUGUUCGGGGGGGCGGGCGAGGAGCAGCUCUUCCUCGGCACAGGGAACAGCGCGGACCCCCCCCCCCUUCAUUCUACGUCCCUUCCUCCCCCCCAUCCCGCAUUAUCCCCCCGCCCCGCAGCCCCUCACCUGCCCUUCGCCGCCCGGACGGGGGCUGCCCCGCUUCCCUGUGCCGCGUCGCGGUGCGCACCGACGGCUCCGACGAGCGCUGUGCUGCGGGAUGGGGCUGGGGGGGGAGCGCCGGGAGCGGAGCGCGGCCCGACGCGGGGCGGCGGCGGCGGGGACUGAGCGCGGCCCGACGGGGCGGGUGGUGGCCGGAGGCGGGCGCAGGUUGCACAACUCGCCCGUCGCGGCCAGGAGAUUCCUGAGAGGCGAAGUCAGAGCGGCCCGACCCGCCCCGUUACCGGGCACCGGGCCCUCGGCAGCCGGCGCUCUUGGCGAAACCAUCUUUGUGAUUCAGCCGUGUUUAUCCCAGCCUGCGGCCCGGCCCAGCGUGGGUUUCCAUGGAAAACUUCCAUCGAAAACAAGGAGAAAAGGAGUUACAGCAGGAGUGACUCAGCCACAACUGGAAGCUUCUGUGGAUGAGGCAGAGAAGGGGGGGACUCUUCCCACCAGCUUGGUCCCGCUCGGGCAGCAGGGCCCGGGGACAGCCCCGAACGUGUUCCACAGCUCUCUCGUGCCCAAAUCCCAGUGCAUCUCAGCUCACGGGAAGGCAGAGCAUAGGAACAAGACCUGGACCAGCAAAAGCAGGUGCAAAAUACACGUUCCUCCUGCGCUGCUGACACGUACACCUCAUGCAGACGAAGGGUCAGGUUUAUUUGUUUUUAUUAUUUUCUUUCAGCUCAGGGAGAAAACACCUGGCAUCUUUUUAUUCAACUCCCUUAGAACGAGAUGCAGGUCCAUCCCUGUUUCCAACGCCAGCGAGCCGCUGCGGUGCCUCCGGCCGGUGCUGCUGCGGGACACGGGGGCGGGGGAAGCGGCUGCGGGACCGCAGUGCAGGCUGGACCGCGGCGAGCAGACAUCACUGCAGUGCCUCCUCCGCGCCGUCCCGCGGUGAUCGGCUGCGCCGGCGAACAGCCACGGCGAGCUGCGAGCUCGGAAAUAAUUAAACAGCUAACGGCGGGCCAGCCGCGCGCUGCCUGCUGCUGUCUUUCCACAACGGCUGGCGGCUCAGGUAGGGAAGCAGCGAGACAAAGGCCCUGCUGCUUUGUCAUCACCGGGCUCAGCCUCGCUGUUUUGGCUGCAUCCACCCACCCCUUGCUACUUGGGAGGGCAACAGGUGUGCGGAUACACGGCAGCACCUCUGCAUCUCACUGCGUGCUCCUUCCUCACCUCCCUGCAGGCCAGAAGCUGCAUCUUUGUCCCCCAAACCAACCUCUGGUGUCUUCGAUGCAGAGACCAAGGGGUGACAGACGCUCCACAGCUCUGCAUCAGCCCAGGAGGCAGCACGGCAGCACUGCUCCUUGAGGAGGCCAAGCAGCGCUGUGAUGCCAGAGCCCCCAUAGCCCCCACACCCUUCAGUCACCCGAGGGCAACAUCAGCACAGGUCUGACCCGCAAGGGAAACCAUCUUCAUGCUCUUACAUGCCUCCAUCAUGCUGCUGCUGCCACACAAUCAGCAACAAACCAGAAGAGCAAAAGUCACAUGAAUUAAAGCUGCUCGCUUUUGCUCGGUGAGCUUUAACCUGCGGCGGUUCCCAGGCACGUUCGCGGCUCAGUGAAUACUGGAAGUGCUUCUGUCUACUGAUCCACUCCUUGUGGGUGCCUGGGGCUCAGAGCCAGCCCAGGGAUGCGUGAGGAACCCACAGACUUGGGUGAGACCUUCCCAUCCCGUCCUGUACCACAGCAGCACUCUCUCCUCCUGGUGCUCAUCACCCAGCGCAGGAUUGCUCAGCACCAUCCUCUGCUCAGCCCCACCCGUGAGACCUCAGUGCAGAAUAGGGGAGAACAGCCCUACCUGGCAACAAGGGCAAAUUACCACGUUCAGCACUUCAUCACUGAAGAAAAAGGGGAUUAGAGACCAUGCCAUGAGCUGAAGUCCCUCUGGGUACAGGCUCGAGGCUGGUGUACCCCAGCACUGAAGCCACACGGCAGCCAAGCAGGACGCCUACCAUC